AUGUUGUCACGUGUGCUGUUGCCUCUUCUGUCCGCAAGCAGCGCUAAUGCUACCAAAACUGGCGACUGUGUACAAAUAGACGAUACCUGCUUCAUUUUAAGGAGUUCAACAAAUACUCUGUCAACUUUAUAUCAACAACAAACCUCAUUCGCUUACGAAUAUGAGCUGUAGUGUAUCUUGUUAGCGAAGUUAAACUUUCGUUAGCUGUUACGAGCUACGAGUUUGGAACUGACGCUUCGACGCCGAGACGUGUUUCCUAAAACUCGUCAUUUUACCAGGUCAGAGAAAUAUGUCGAAGGUGGAGACCUUGCUACAAGAUGGACUCAGCUUAGAGUUAAUGCUCCAGGAGCAGCUCAGAGUUUUUAGCAAUGCUCUCACAAAGCAGUUCCAGGAGACAGAGAGCAGACAGAAAGAGGAACUGGAGAGAAGGAUUCAUCAAAACGCUCUCCUCCCAGCAGAUGUAGAUGGACAAUCUGAUGAACAUCAGGCCAAGACCAGAAGAUCCUCCUCUUUGUCUAACCUGAUGUCAGAAAAAGAAACUUCACACCCUUCCAGAAAAUCAUAUUCUCCAGCCUGGUUAUCUUUGACAAACGGGAGGAAUUGUUCAAUCAGGACUUCCAUGCUGACGCCUACUAGGACUCAGCAGUGUGAACGUGCAGCUUCAUCUAAAACAACACAGAUGAGAAAAGAGGAGGAAGCUGAGGCCGAGUGCCAGAAUAAGUUCUGUGCUGCCCCAGCCCCCAGCCAUGUCAGUCAGCUCCUCUUCCAGGAGAUGAUGGAGAUGAGAGAGAAGGAGAGGAAGCAGGCUUUCGAGCAGAGGCAGAACUUCUGGCUCUCCACACAAAAACCUUUCAGCUUCGAGAAGAGAGAAAUGGAGAAAAGAGAGAAGCUGAUAGCAAUGUUAAACCAAGUGUCACAUGAUCAGAAAAAUGAGGCAGCUACGGUUAGAAAACCUCCUCACAAAGCAGAAAAGGAUGUCUCGAUAUCUGAGCCCAAAGGCCAAGAGGAGGUGUGCAAAAAAGUCUCCAUUCAGACUAAAGUGCGACAGGACAAUCCUGCUACAUCUGGCAGCCCGAAACUUCGCACUGCUGAACACACCAGAAAAGAAAAGCUGGGCUUCAUGGAUGAGAAGCCGAGCUUCCGGCCAAAAAUCAUCCGUAAAGUCCCUGAUUUCAGCAGGUUGCACAAGGCCUUGCAAACAGAGGUGUUGAGAAAAGCACAGUGUAAAGAUGUGACCAAGUGUCAGCCCUUCUCUCUGAGGACAUCAGCUCUUCCUGCAAGGCAAAGUAAGAUGAGCCCUAAAAACUCCCAGGAACCAAAAAUAAGCAAUCUCAAUAGAAGCAAGUCACUGGGAGCCUUAACAUCGUUGUCCACAGACACACUCCCUAUAUUCAUCACAGAUGCUGCGAGGAAGCGCUGCAUGGCCAUUAGAAAGUCAAUGGAGAUUAGAGACAGUAAGAAUCAAGAGAGUGCAGAAUGGUCACUGAAGCACCAAAUGAGGUCUCAGGCCAUGAAGAAGACAGUCGCCCUCCAUGCAAAAUUGCUGGACCCACACAUCAGCUUGAAAGAAGUGUAUAAUGAAAAACUACAGCGCUAUCGGGAAGCUGACCAGCAAAGGAUGAGAGAGUACAAUAAGGAAUUACGGGACAUGAAGGCACGAGUUAGUGAACGCCCUUAUUUGUUCGAACAGUUGAAACAGAGAAAUGCGAAGGCCCUUGCAGAGCAGGCAUACAGGAACAAGCUGAAAAAAGCCGGGCUAAAGGAGGAGUUUGUUGAAGAUAAUAGUGAAGCAGCUGAUGGAGUAUCAACAUCAUCCAGAGCUGAGGAUGACAUGGGCGUGAAUGACUGCAGCACUGAAAGUGACAUUCAUAUCAGGGAAGAAAAUGUCGAUGACGGGGAGAAAAUUGAAGAUCUGGAAGAGAAGAGCGUGAAGUCCAAAAGGGAAGAAAUGCCAUGAUCAAAAAGGUUCAGGCGGCACAGAGUUUUUGUGGCCUGUCCGCUAGAAACCAGCACUGUCCUCAAAAAUGAUUCAUGUCACAACUAACUAUCCACACCAAAUGAUUGAUAGUUUAAGAUGUACAACUAUAAAUUACAAAAUUACAAAACAAAUGGGCUUUGGGCCCUGCAAUCAUAGUUACAGCUGGAAGUUUAUUGAAAUGUAUAUACUGUAUAUAAUUAAUAUUUUGACUUAAAGAUACAGUGUAUGUUGAAUUUAAUUUGUAUUAUAUAAUUUAUACACAUGCAGUACUAACAUAAAUGUAUACUGCAUAUGGUAUAUAUACAUCCUGUAGAUGCAAUAGACAAUAAAACAAAAAGACAUAUUUUUGGUUUUACGACAGUUUUGCUAAGGAUUAUGAAGACUGUAAUUUAGUUUAAAUUUAGUUUAGAUGAUGAUGAAGACUUGGUUACCAAAAUGAUCAGUUCAGAAACAGAAUGAGGACACCAGCUGAGACCACCAUGUGUGAGACAUUAGUUUUUGUUUUACCAACUCUAAAUCAGGAUUUCCAUUUUCCAUAUGAAAACUUCUGCAGUGAGAUGUUUUAGUUGCCACUGCACUUAGUUUCUUUUUUUUUAGUUAAAGUUUGAAUAAAUGUAUUUUUUGGGUCAUGUAAGGACUUAAAGCGUCUGACAUGAGCCGCUCUCAGAUGGGUGUUCCUGGUUAUUCCCGGUUAUUUCUACAGCUGUGCGUCUGCAUUCCCUCAGACUAGUUCAGUGGUCUGCUUCAAGCCCAUAGAUCCACAUCAAAAACGCUUGUUCGCUGGCCCCGACUAUAUUCUUAUGCUUAGACAGCUGACAUCCAGGAAUUUGAAAGCCUAUAUUUCCUUACAAACCACAUGGAAAUGUCAGAAUACAUACAGUAUAUAAUCACAAUUAAAAUGUCAUGGGGACCAGUAUAUUCUAUAUGGUUACUUCUUGUAGGCCACUGUGUCAUGCAUUAGAGCUGUUGAAGACAAUGUUGGCAUGAGUUGAGAUAAAACAAUGAAAUCACUGAGUGAUUCAUCUUAAGGUAGCACUGUUUAAUUGUAUGAUUGAAAGGUGCUAUACAGAUAAGAGUUUAAUAUAUGAGAGUCAACAUAACUUCAAUACAACACAAAGUGGUAUAGAAAAUGUAAAAUAACUGUAUUCAUUAUUAAUCGAUUAUUCAGAUAGGAUGAUCAUGUUAAGUCAUAAGAAAUAUAUAAGAUGCAUAAACGCUAACUUACUGUCACAUAGUACUUACAGAUGUAGUAAAUAAUCACAGUCCCUUCCUUGAGAUCUCAAGCAUCACAUGACAAAGCUUCAAGGGCUCCAUCCUGUCAGGUUGUCAUGGGAACCCCGUAUCCCUCCCCGUUCUACUUUGUAGUCCCUCAGGAGAUCACUGUGCACCUCUGAUUACCCGGCGCGCAGCUCAAAACAAACCAAUCUCUCCCAACCUGUUAGAUAAUAUCCGAGCAGGAGCCUGCAUCUGUGAAAUUCAUGAGGGACCAGAUGCCCGUGACAUCACUUCAAACAACCUGUAGUCCCUUGGAUGCGUGUGGAGGCUGAGAAAGGGAACACACAUGUCUCAUUUAGAUUAAUGAGAGGUUGUGCGCUUAGCCACUGAAUGUUAUCAUCACGCUGUUUAAGGAGUGACUCUACUUAGCAGAUGAACAAUAUAAUUUCACCAAAGUGGAAUGUUCAGGCCUCUUAUUAUUCUAGCUGCUGUACGAUAUUAAAUUCCCAUACAUUUAAUUCUGUAAGCGCAUGGGUUUCUAAUGUAGGCAGCUGAAUAAAUGAUAUAGGCCUAACAUCGGUACUUACACAUCAUGAAAAGCUUAUGCUGUGUUUUCUGGUUAUUUUGUUAUUUAUCUUAAUUCCUUGUUUUCUGUAAAAUCAUUUGAUUAUAAAGUAAAGUGCAAAGGCCAAGUAUUUGGUUAAGUGCAGUGUACUCUAUGUUCUGAGUAUAAUGUUGUGUGUGUGUGUGUGUGUGUUGAGUCUCUGUGUGUUUUAGUCUGCAGUUCACCUGCAGGAGGAGCUGUGGCUUGCUGCAGCCCCUCUUCUCCUUGAGUGGCAUGAAUAAUAUUCCCAGUGCUAGAGAGAGAGCAAUAUCAAGAGGCAAACAGGAAGGGGAGAGAGAUAGCAGCCAGUGUGACAGAGAAGAGCGUGGCAGGAUUUGUCUCCCUGAAUCCAUCGUAGGCCAGGGCAAGAGAGAGCAC